AGCCUGGCGGUGGUGUAGGGUGGGCUGCUGGUGACCCUUCUGCUCGCGUUCCCGGAGGAGGUGGCCAAGGCGCCGGCGGACUGGGCUGUGGCGGGACCAAGUCCGGAUUCCUGGAAACCACCCGCUUUCCGAGCCCCCCACCUCGGGCUAUUGCCCACUGAGGCCGAGGGGUGCUUCAACGUGGCCCCCGGACAGGCGGCCGGAUGGGAUAGUAAAGCGGGAAUGAACAAGGGCGAAGCAGGGAUGGCCGGGACGUGCGGAUCGCGGUGAAGUACCUUCCCGGGCAGCUUCAGGCGCCGGGCAGGUCUGGUUUGGAGAUCAAGCCCGGUCGACCCUUUACGGAAAGAAGAGUGAUACUGAUUCCUCUAAGUGUGGAGACACGUGCGUUUGGGUCCGAAAUUGAAGUGCACGGGAGCUUUGUGGCCUGUGGACGAUAACUUUUUUGUGUUAACGGCUAAAACUUAGCCACAAACCAGGUCCUUCACUUCCGCGUUACUCUUUUUUGCAUAUUGCCUUAGUUAAUUCAUUACCGUGCUGGAGAAGCUUGAAGGAACAGAUGGGAUCUCUGUGUGGGCCUAAGAAUUCAAGGGCAGGGGGCGGAGGCUGGACUAUUUAACAAUAUACUAGCGGCACUUUAGUGUUUUCUGUUGAAAAUAGGAAGAGACCGGUGGAAGGAUAUUAAAGCCAGUGGUAAUUUCAUUGAGUAUGUAAAAUUUAAACCUUCUCUCACGAGUGUAUGGUAGAGCUAAAAAAGAAGACGACAAACAAGCAAGGGUCAUCUGAAAUUGUAAUUGGCCCAUUAAUAAUCCCAGGACAAAGUUGGAAAGAAGUACUCAAGCAUAAGACAGCUACAAAGAUGUUUGAUAUAAAGGCUUGGGCUGAGUAUGUUGUGGAAUGGGCUGCAAAGGACCCAUAUGGCUUCCUUACAACAGUUAUCCUGGCCCUUACUCCAUUGUUUCUAGCAAGUGCAGUACUGUCCUGGAAAUUGGCCAAGAUGAUUGAGGCCAGGGAAAAGGAGCAAAAGAAGAAACAAAAACGUCAAGAAAAUAUUGCAAAAGCUAAACGACUAAAAAAGGAUUGAAGGAAUGAACAAACAGGCUAUAGAACCAGAAGAAUAUAAUUUGGAAAAUUAAUGCAGUGUUGAAAGGACCCACUAAGGUUUCUUUUCUGGUUUUUAUGUCAGUAAUUUGUUGUAAACAAAGUUGGAGCACCUUGUAAGAAUCAUGUUAGUUAUGACCUCUAUUGCAGCAACUUUUAGAUUUUGGUGUAGAAGUCUGUUGACAGUUACUGUAAACUGGCAUUUAUUAUGCUAUAAAUUCUUUAUAAUUGACUUAGUCAUUUGCCACUUUGCAGCUUAUGUUCUGAAAUGAAAAUAGCCUGUGGAGAAAAAUGACUAUACAUUAUGAACUCUAUUCAAAUAAUGGCUUAGAAUGGGGUCCUGUUCAGGACAAAGGGACUUGAGAAUGUAAAAAUCAAAACUGUCCUGAGGUGAAAGUGUGCUUUGGCUUAAAAAGGCAUAUAGUAUAUUAUUUACAUCUUUUAUUAUUAUUGCUUCUUUUUUGGAAUAGAAUAAUUUCUGGCUUUCUCAAAGCCACAUACUAACCAAUGACCAUGUUUUGCAUUUUUCUCAUUAGCCUUUGAGAUAAUUAUCAGACAUUCUGCCUUUUUUAAAAUCUCGUUUUAUAAAGAAUUCUCCUAUUGGCUAUGUAGAAUACCACCUACCAGAUAGAACAGUUUUUGUACUUGUAAACCUGCCAUUUUCUUAGAGAUGUCUUGUUGAGUAGAAUAACACUAUGAUUUAAAGCUUGCAGUAAAAAUGCCAAACUUUGUGUUUCCUUGGAACAAGUUUAUUCUUUAUUGUGCUAUGUAGAAAUGUAAAGUAGUUAAAAUGUCUUACCAUAUAAUUUGUUCAUUAUAUAGAUGCCACUUUUGUGUUUUUAUUCCAGUCUUCAUUUUAAUUUAUCUAAUAAUGAUAUUCUACGAUCAAGCACGUUCAUGGUGACAAUUAAAAUUUCAGACUUCUCGUAAGGAAUUCUAAAAAAGUAAUAGUUAAGUCCUAUUGCAUAAGUGGUAAAACUUUAACAUUUGGAAAAAUUUCGUUCAUCAUACUAGUAAUUGGGUGAAAAAGGCAAAUUAUGUCAAAAUGAGAAUGUGUUAAAAUUAGAAAUAAAGAGCUAAAGGAUAUUUCCUUCAGCCAAGUAGUAUAACUGGAACUUUCUACUAUUAAACAUGGCUUUUAUAAAUGCAUGUCUAAUAAUUUUAUUUGCUGUCAGUAUAUAAUAGCUUAUUAAUAUUUUCCUCACCUCUGAUAAUGAAUUUUAAAUUAUAAAAAAUUGUCCACCAGCUUUAAUUUAAAAGUGAAACUAGAUACUGAAAUAAAUUUGAUACUUUUUUAUAAAGA